AUGUUUAUUCCUUCCAUUGAUAUCUGCCCUGCUAAAUUACUCUCCCGUGACAUAUCUGGAGAUGUGACUUCAACUGCUAAAAGCUUCAAGUCCUGGGAUACUUGUAUGGACAAUACUGCUUGCAAAGUCAUUGCUAUCGUGGGCAUUGUGUUAGCGAGUCUUGUGGUGAUGUGGGCCAUUUCUACCGUCAUUAGAUGCGUAUGUUUGGGCUUCUCAUGUCUUGAGGCCUUAUUUUGCUGUUGUUGCAGGUCAACUUCUAGAGGGUAUCAAGACAAACAGAUUCAACCGUACGAAAAUCCGAACAUGUAUGUCCGGACAGCUCCCCCCAUGUAUCAACAACAACAACAAUACCCAGUUUCUCAACAUGCAUACGUUCCCCAGCGGAGUAUGGAACUUGGAUCGGCCCAUAAUGGAUACGAGCCAGCGGGGUACCAGGUGGUUGAUUCACAUUCAAGAACCGAUCCAUUCCAAGAUCAUAAGACAUCUUAUAGAGGAAACAACUUUUAG